AUUGGGGUAUCUCAGUAAAGCUGCCUUGGGUAGUGGGAGGCAUCUUCCCUUAAAGGAGUACCGCACAGUACUAACCAUUUUUUCAAUAAGCCAACAGCAACUAUGAUGAUGCUAAGAGUAGAAGAGCUGGUGACGGGGAAAAAGGCAGAUGGUCGAGAGACAGGCGAUUUCCUCCCAGAGGACUUCAAAAAUGGAGAGUAUGAAGCUGCCGUGAGGUUAGAGAAACAAGAGGAUCUGAAGACACUCACAGACCCCUUGCUGAGACGUCGCAAUCUGACCUACAAAGAGGAGAAAGAGCUAGAAGCUGAGCUCAAGAAAAAGAAACUAGAGGAGAGACCAAAACUUGAAAGCUUGGAAGAUCUUGAAAAAAUCAUUCAGCUGAAGAAAAGGAAAAAAAUCAAGAAGGUUAAAGUGCCUGUUGUGAAGGAGCCUGAGCAAGAAGUUACAACAGGACCUGUGGAUGUUCCUACAUUUUUAAAGGCUGCCUUGGAAAACAAGAUGGUGAUAAUUGAAAAAUAUUUAGCAGACAAAGGGGAUCCAGAUGCUUGUGAUGAGUAUAAUCGCACGGCCUUGCACAGAGCAUGCUCAGAAGGACACCUGACCGUUGUGGAAAAGUUGGUAGAAGCUGGAGCCCAACUUGAAUUCCAAGAUAUGCUCGAAUCAACGGCAAUUCAUUGGACAUGUCGUGGGGGCAACGUGGAAGUCUUGAAGUACCUGCUAAACAAAGGAAUAAACAGGAACGCCAGAGACAAGCUUCUCAGCAGUCCUUUGCACGUGGCAGUAAGGACAGGCCAGUAUGACUGUGGGGAACAUCUCAUUGCCUGCGAAGCGGAUCUCAAUGCCAAAGACAGAGAGGGUGAUACUCCAAUGCAUGACGCAGUGAGGCUGAAUCGCUAUAAAAUGAUUCGACUCUUGAUUCUGUAUGGUGCCAACCUAAAUGUAAAGAAUGCUGAAGGGAAAACUCCAAUGGAUCUUGUGCUGCAGUGGCAAAAUGGCACCAAAGAAAUAUUCAACAGCCUGAAAGAGAACUCUUACAAGAGCACCCCUUUAGACACAUUUUGAAAACUAGACUCAAAACCUCAACGGACUGACAGCUACCUGGCAAAAACGGCUUCAUUAUUAACACAAAGCGCAGUACCAUCAUCAGUGAUGGGCAAUCUUUACCGACGCCAUCUUCAUCGACUGAAGAAAGGGGUUUGUUUCGCUGCCUUUGUUAGUGCCACAUGGAACAGGAGUGGGGGCAAAAUACUUCAAAGGCAUGGUUUGAGUGUUAGGAUUCCACUAAUUUCAAGUUGCUUUAUUUAUUCCUAUUUAUAUUUUGCAUUCCGUAUUUCUCCUUUCCUUGGAUAAGUGUUGCUUUGGCUAUUUUCCUUUGCUGAUCUUUUCGAUAAGUCGUGUUGGUACUGCUGUCGUAGAAAGAGCCUGAAUUACUGAUGUGGUAAUCUGAAUCAGCCAGGAGCAUUAAGCUCCUUUUUUAUACAAGACAACAGCGUUUCAGAACAUAUUAGCAGCUUCCCGUCAAGCCCUCUUCCGACGGGGAGUGAUUUGUAACCGUCAGGCAGUUUCUGCUGAAUUGCCCUUGUUGGAACAAGCUGUUAAAAGCAAAGAGCAGAGGGUGGAGAACAGAGGUGAGGAAGGGGAAAGUGGAAUGAAAAAAGAACGAUUCUGCUCUUCUACAAAAAUCUACUGGAAGUAGCGGCCGAGUUUUUAAUCCGACGUUGCGGAAACUGAACUCCAGGGUUCAAAACAGGAAGUGACGCAGAUUAAGAGGAGAGGCGCAAGAGAGGCAGUGUUUUUUUCAAAGCUGGAUUAUGGAAGAAAGGUGAUGUAUAUUUGUAUGGCUUUCUAUGUACAUUUUUGUAUUAAAUCCUAUUUAAGACGUAAACAA